CACCGUAAAUGUCACACAAAGGUUAUCAUCAACUUGAAAAAUUAACAAGUCUAUUUUUUUUAAGUAUAAUUUUAAUGUUCAACAAAUACACAUCUUAUUCGGACUUCACCAAUGUCUUCCCCAGAAGUAGCAGUUCGAUAACAUCAGGUUUUUCCGGUACUUCUAGUAUUAGCAGCGCUUCCACUCGAAAAAGGCUUUCAGACAAGUGCAAGAAAUGUUUGAAAGCCCGAUGUACCAGAAUCACUUUGAUCAUCUGAUUCCCUACAAUAUUGGAUCAUAAGAUUGAAGAAGCAAAAGCGAGGAGAGUGUCUGGCGAAAAGAAUGCAGAUGAUCAAGUGCCUACUCCAUUAAUUCAUAAAAUGUAUGUAUUCACCAUUGAAAAUCCUGAAGGUGUUUAUAGAAAAGAACAUGUUAAAAUUAAAGAACAGGGACCAUAUAUUUACAAGCUUAUUGAAGAGGUGAAAAACGAUAAAAAGUUUAAAACUUUUCAUUUUGAUAGUGAGGCUUCUUUACCUUUAACUGAAAAAGACCAAAUAUUUCCAAUCAAUACACUUUUAUUGAAUUUCUUGUAUCAAAUUGAACCAAUGUUACAGCAGGGCACUGAAUCAGACAGUAUGGAUAGGGCAUUCAUGAUUAAUGAAGGAGUGAAAAAAGCAUUUCAUGAAAAUGCUAAUAUCGCAUUUAAUUCUACCGUAAAGAAUCUUUUCUUUGAUGGAAUUGUCUUUUGUGAGAAUCGAACAUACCAUGCGGCCAACCGAAUUUGUAAAAUUCUCGAACCCUCGGUGAGAAAAUCAGACUCCUUUCAAAUAGACCCCAGUGGCGCCAUAUCCUUUCGAUUAUUUAACAGAAUCGAAGUUAGUAAAAUUAACGAGAAGCCAAAACCAAGAAAAGUAUGGAAAGAGAACGAGUAUAAGUGUAAUGAAAUCCGUGGGAUUGUAGAUGGAAUGUUUCCCUUACACGUAGAUAGGGCAAAAAUAUACGAGUAUUAUAUUUCCAGUAUUUGCAGGCCUAUAAAGUUUAUUUACUUUAAUAAAAAAUAUAUUGAAACCAUGCCAGGUUAUACGUUUAAAGCAAGCCAGGAGAAUUUUGACAGUAGCUUUCCAGAAAAUGAAUGUUUUUGCUCCAGACGUAACGCGACAAAAAGUUUUGUAGAUAGUAAAGGGUGUAUGCCCAAAGGAGCUAUAGAUUUGUCUCCCUGCAAGAACGCACUUUUACUCCUUUCAUAUCCACAUUUCUUGUAUGCAGAGGAUAGUUACUUUUAUAAAAUUGAAGGGUUGAGUCCAGAUCCAGAACACCACGAAUCGGAAAUCACCGUUGAGCCAAUUAGCGGCAUUCCCUUCGAAGUUUCUAUGAGGAUCCAGUUGAGCACCGUUCUUCAUCCAGUUAAACACAUCACCGUUUUAAAAAACGUCGACGAAGUUAUCGUGCCAAUGUUCUGGAUUGAAGUGGGAUUCACGUUGCCAGAAUCAGACGUUCAUAUGUUAAGGUAUCUUGUAUAUGAGACUAUAAAUUUGGUGUAUUACAUAAGUAUCGUCGGGUGCGUCCUAACCUUUUUGGGGUUCGUGAUAUGUAUCAUAUUGUUGAUUCUUCGUCGCAAAUAUAGGGGCCGUAAAUAUAAAUGAACAAAACAAAUUUAA